ACCGUACAGAUAAUGAUUGGUUUGAUGAUGCUGUUGAUAGGAAUCAUGAUGAUUACAGCACCACAGAUAGACAGUAUUGGAGGAAUCAGUUAAAUAUUUUUCUGGGGAUCUAUCAUUGUAAGUGAUGUAAACAAUGUACAUGUAAAAACAAUGUAAACAUCUUUAUAAUUGAAUCAUGUAGUUUCGAAUAGCAAUCCAUUACAAAUGUUUUUUAUGUAAUUUAAAAAAAAAUCUUUAAUUCCUUCAUAAUCUCUUAAUUAUCUAAUAACUUAUAUAUUAUCUAAUGACUAAUGACUAAUAUAUAUACUGAACAAAAAUAUAAAGGCAACAUGUCAAGUGUUGGUCCCAUGUUUCAUGAGCUGACAUGAAAGACCCCAGAAAUGUUCCAUACGCACAAAAAGCUUAUUUCUCCAAAAUGUUGGGCACACAUUUGUUUACAUCCCUGUUAGUGAGCAUUUCUCCUUUGCCAAGAUAAUCCAUCCACCUGACAGGUGUGGCAUAUCAAGAAGCUGAUUAAACAGCAUGAUCAUAACACAGAUACACCUUGUGCUGAGGACAAUAAAAGGCCACUCUAAAAUGUGCAGUUUUGUCACACAACACAAUGCCACGGAUGUCUCAAGUUUUGAGGGAGCGUGCAAUUGGCAUGCUGACUGCAGGAAUGUCCACCAGAGCUGUUGCCAGAUAAUUGAAUAUACAUUUCUCUACCAUAAGCCGCCUCCAACUUCAUUUUAGAGAAUUUGGCAGUACGUCCAACCGGCCUCAAAACCGCAGACCACGUGUAACCACGCCAGCCCAGGAUGUCCACAUCUGGCUUCUUCACCUGUGGGAACGUCUGAGACCAGCCACCCGGACAGCUGAUGAAACUGUGGGUUUGCACAACAAAAUCAUUUCUGUACAAACUGUCAGAAACCGUCUCAGGGAAGCUCAUCUCCGCGCUCGUCGUCCUCACCAGGGUCUUGACCUGACUGCAGUUUGGCGUCGUAACUGACUUCAGUGUGCAAAUGCUCACCUUCGAUUGCCACUGGCACGCUGGAGAAGUGUGCUCUUCACAGAUAAUUCCCGGUUUCAACUGUAUUGGGCAGAUGGCGUGGUGUAUGGCGUCGUGUGGGCGAGCGAUUUGCUGAUGUCAACGUUGUGAACAGAGUGCCCUACGGUGGUGGUGUGGUUAUGGUAUGGGCAGGCAUAAGCUACGGACAACGAACACAAUUGCAUUUUAUCGAUGGCAAUUUGAAUGCAUAGAGAUAUCGUGACGAGAUCCCAUUGCUGUGCCAUUCAUCCGCUGCCAUCACCUCAUGUUUCAGCAUGAUAAUGCACGGCCCAAUGUCGCAAGGAUCUGUACACAAUGAAAAUGUCAAAUUUCUUCCAUGGCCUGCAUUCUCACCAGACAUGUCACCCAUUGAGCAUGUUUGGCAUGCUCUGGAUCGACGUGUACAACAGCGUGUUCCAGUUCCCGCCAAUAUCCAGCAACUUUACACAGCUAUUGAAGAUGAGUGGGACAACAUUCCACAGGCCACAAUCAACAGCCUGAUCAACUCUAUGUGAAGGAGAUGACUGGUCUUCUGAUUCUCGCCCCUACUUUUCUUUUUUACAGUAUCUGUGACCAACAGAUGCAUAUCUGUAUUCCCAGUCAUGUGAAAUCCAUAGAUUAGGGCCUAAUUAAUUUAUUUCAAUUGACAGAUUACCUUAUAUGAACUGUAACUCAGUAAACUCUUUGAAAUUGUUGCAUGUUGCGUUUAUAUUUUGGUUCAGUGUAUGUGUGCUUAGAUAGGCCUAUGCAAUUUAUAUGCUCAUGGAUUUUAGUUUGCAUUGACCUCUAUGUGGGUGCAACUAAACAUCCAAGGAUUCUUGUUUGUUGUUCUACACAAGCUAUACCCACCUUUAAUUAAUGUGUCUUCAUCCACAAAUUAGAAUAGCAUAUGUACAAUAAGUCAUUAUUAUUACUACACCCAAUAUAGUUUGCAUUGACUUCUAUGUGGGUGCAAUUAAACUUGACCUUGCACAUUGGUCAUACAGAAGACAUCUGAAUUAUAUCUCUUCCUUGUUCCUUCUCAGUACAUCAUUGCAGGCUCACUCACUGUUGCUGCUGACAACAAACUGAACAAGUGUCUGGUCAGUUUCAACUCUUUUUUUCCUCAAUGAAGUUUAGGCUUCACUUUAAAUUGUGAUAACGAUUGUCAACAAACUGAAUUCUAUAUUGCAUUUUAUUCUUCAGAAAUGUUCAUCCACAACCAACAGCCAUUCCCAUGACCUCUCUCUGCUCUGUCUCCUCAGGUGAAAGGGUCACUGGGAAUGAAUGUCGUCGCCACCGUAACUGCUCUUACUGGCGUCAUUCUCUAGACGGUGCUCUGAUCAUGUUGAACUACAACUGUGACUAUCCAUACUACUGCCUGCCAACAGUAUUGGGUAUGCCCAAAUUAUUAUUCCUUUUGUACUUUUAUUGGUCAGGAGAUGUUUGUAAAUUGGUAAAGGGGUAUUUAUUACCUACAAUCUUGUUACUGUUGUACCAUUUCAUGUUUUUUAUAGUGGAGGUCACAUGGAAUUUCAGGCGUUAUGGCUGUUUUCUCCGCGCUGGAGUUCAUAGUGUCCAUCUGUGUCUCGUCGUUUGCCUGCAAUGCUGUCUGCUGCCAUUCCACCCCUGAG